AUGGAUCUGUUGAAUUAUGCCAUUCAAUUGUCAAUCCAUCAUCUUGUGAAAAUCCCGUAUGUAUGGUGCUUUGAUUGUUCUGGUCUAGAUGAUAAUUUUGUUCAAUUUGAAUUAACGCUGGUAACACUUCCUAUUGUUGUUAUUGGGCUACCCAUAUCACCCUGCUAUCGAUUUUCGAAAUGCAAUCACUGGGUUAGCCUUGAUAACUGUGUCAAUCAUUAUAUUUUAUUUCAACAGAAAGCUUUAUCAGAACUAAGUGAGAAGCAAUUGAUUGUCAUUUGA